AUGUCUGCUAGCAAGGAUUUGUUUCAGCAGGGGCUGAAAAACCGUCGGGAAGUGGUUGGGGAUGAAUACGUCAAUCGUUCGCUACAGAACGGUUCCAGCGCGUUUGCUUUUGCCGGUCAGCAGUUGACAACAGAGUGGUGCUGGGGAAAUGCCUGGUCGAGGCCGGGCUUAUCGCGCCAACAACGGAGUCUGCUCAAUUUAGGCAUGCUGAUUGCGCUCAAGAGUUGGCCAGAGCUGGGUGUGCACGUUCGCGGUGCCAUCCGUAAUGGACUAACUGAGGUGGAGAUCCGCGAGUCUAUUCUGCAUGCUACUGUCUACUGCGGUGUCCCAGCCGGUGUGGAGGCCUUCAAAGUGGCAUCCAAGGUCUUGGACGAGAUGGUUUCUUCAGGAGAGCACCAACGGCAGUUGAAGACACUUGAUCCGGAAUUCGCAUUGUAUGCCCAGUCUGAAUGA